AUACAGCGCAGGGGGGCUUCCAAACGAUGUCCGCUGAUCGGGGUGUUUUAUAACUCUAAUAUGCUACAGGGGCCACUGUUAAGUGCGGAAGAAGAGUUUUCCCCCUUCAGAAAAAGGGUGUUUACAGUGUUUUAUCGUCAUCUGACUUCAAAAGAAAAAAGAUUUUCAUGUUAAAAUGUGCAACGGCUGCGUGCAAAAAGAAUACCCGGACCGGGGGAACACUUGUCUGGAGAGUGGCUCUUACCUGAUGAACUACCUGGGCUGUGCCAACUGCCAUCAGAGGGACUUUGUACUGAUCAGCAAUAAAGCCACAGAGGAUGAAGAUGGAGAGGAGAUCGUCACAUAUGACCAUGUUUGCAAAAAUUGUGAUCAUGUCAUCGCCAGGCACGAAUACACGUUCUCCGUCGUUGAUGAAUACCAGGAGUACACAAUGCUCUGCAUGCUGUGUGGAAAGGCAGAGGACUCCAUCAGUGUGUUACCAGACGACCCCCGACAGUCUGCGCCUUUAUUCUAGACCCCAAAUCUGCACAUCCCUGUUCACUUUUUAGAUCGAGUGUCACCACCACAGAUGUGUUGCUGGCUGCUGCCUCCAGGUUUCCAACCUUUUUUUAUCAUCCAAAUUUUAUGCACAUCUUCAAUUCAGUAUACCAUAUUAAAAGUCCUUCUCUGUUUAUAAAAUACUGUAUGCAGAUAUCAUUUGAACAGGACAUAUAACAUUUUAUUAUCCUCCAUGACAACAACAGUUAUUCUGUAUGUGAAUUGAUGAUGUACUGUAAAUAAAAAUUUUUUACUAAGAAUUUUAA